UCAAAUUCAUCAAGACCACCAAUUAAUAAAUAAAUAAACGAAGCACAAAGGCAUUAAUUAAUGGAGAAGUGUUGGGAAAUGUCUGCUUAUGGUUUCCUCUUCCUUCUCACCUUCCUUACCAGCCUGAGACCUUCUAUACAGCAACCUAGACCUGAGUACGUCGGUUAUAAAUGCUCUGCAGAUACAUCUAGUUACCUCGAAAACAGCACAUACUCUUCCAAUCUCACCAAGCUUUUGUCCUCUCUUUCUUCGGAAGAGAAUGAUUACUUCUUCUCCAUUGGAUUCCAAAGCCUUACAGUGGGAGAGAAACCGGACUAUGUUUUCGGACUUUACCUCUGCCGUGGAGACUUGUCGCUGGAAGUUUGCCGUGACUGCGUCAAUAUCGCCGUCAAGGACAUUCGGAAUCAGUGCUCAAAUGGGAAGGAAGCUUCGAUUUAUUACGACGAAUGCACACUUCGAUACGCUGACCGUAAUAUUCUCUUGGAUCCUGUACCCAAAUAUGGACAGCUGAUGAGAAACCAACAAACUGUUCCGGCAAACCAAUCAGAUCGGUUCAGUGAAGUAGUCCUCUCUUUGAUGAACGAAGCUGCAAAGGAGGCUGCUGUUAGUCGAAGAAAGUUUGCCUUCAAGAAAGCAAAUUACACAUCGUCCCAAACCGUUUAUGUAAUGGUACAGUGCACGCCUGGUAUAUCAAGGGAGAACUGCUCAAGAUGUCUGCAACAAACAAUCAAGAUAUUGCCACGUGAUACAAUCGGAGCAAGACUUCUUUGGCCAAGUUGUAAUAUAAGGUACGAGCCUAACCUUUUCUACAAUGAAACCGUCAAUCAAGCUUCUCCUCCUCCUCCUACUCAUCGGCAGCCUGAUUCUAUAAAUUGUGUUAUGUCUGAUUCAAGACUUAAUGCAGGAAAAGGAAAAAAAUCGAUAGUGAUAAUCAUAGCGAUAGUUGUGCUGUUAGCCCUUUCUGCUAUGCUUUUCAUAGCUUGUUAUUGUUUCCGUGCAAAGAGAGCCAAGAAAACUUAUGAGACAGCAGCUGCACAUGAUGUUGGAGAUGAUAUUGCAACAGCAGGCUCAUUGCAGUUUGAUUUUAAAGUGAUUGAAGCUGCAACUGAUAAGUUUUCUGAAAGUAACAAACUCGGUCAAGGUGGAUUCGGAGAAGUUUACAAGGGCACAUUUCCUAAUGGGUUACAAGUUGCAGUGAAGAGACUAUCGAAAACAUCAGGACAAGGUGAAAAAGAGUUUAAGAAUGAGGUUAUUGUUGUGGCAAAGCUUCAACACAAAAACCUUGUCAGGCUUCUCGGCUUUUGUUUGGAGAGAGAAGAGAAAAUACUUGUCUACGAGUUUGUGCCUAACAAAAGCCUUGAUUACUUUCUCUUUGACUCGACAAUGAAAAACCAGCUUGAUUGGACAAGAAGGUACAAGAUCAUUAGAGGAAUUGCUAGAGGGAUUCUAUAUCUUCAUCAAGAUUCACGGCUCACAAUCAUACAUCGUGACCUCAAAGCAGGUAACAUCCUCUUGGAUGAUGAUAUGAACCCAAAAGUUGCAGAUUUUGGAAUGGCACGGAUUUUUAAAAUGGACCAAACGGAAGCUAAUACGAGAAGAGUAGUUGGAACCUAUGGAUAUAUGUCUCCGGAAUAUGCCAUGUAUGGCAAAUUCUCCAUGAAAUCAGAUGUGUACAGCUUUGGGAUCUUAGUUCUUGAAAUUAUAAGCGGCAAGAAAAACAUCGGUUCCUAUCAAAUGGAUAGUAGCGAGGGCAAUUUGGUUACAUAUGCUUGGAGAGUAUGGAACAAUGAGUCACCAAUGGAGGUCGUGGAUCCAUCCUUUCAAGACAGCUAUCAAAUAAACGAAAUUACCAGAUGCAUCCAUAUCGCUUUACUAUGUGUUCAGGAAGAAGCUGAAGAUCGUCCAACCAUGUCAACGGUCGUCCAGAUGCUCACUACUAGCUCAAUCGCUCUGGCUGCUCCUCGACCACCUGGAUGUUUCUUUCAGACUAAGCAUGAAAAAUCUGGUCCAUCGAUGGGUUCGUCUGCUCUGUGUUCCGUCGAUGAUGCUUCGAUUACUCAUGUAACUCCUCGCUGAAGACGACGAAACGUUUCACGGAAAUUAUUAAGCAACAACAGUGAAACAAGAUUUUUCUUAAUUAGCCUUCUUCCAUUAUUUUUAAUUUUACAUUAGUGCCCUUCAAGCAAGUGUAAGAUACUUAUUUACUACAAUAUGGGGGCAAAAGAGUGAAGAGACAGUGGCCUAAUUGUUGAUUCUUGGCACUAGGUUUGUUUUGUUGGAACAGAGAUUUGUUAGGUCAGUACGAUAUUGUGUAGAAUUUUGUGAGGAAAAUACUCAAAACAGAGAGAUGAGAAUGAUGUAAGUAAGCAUGUGUGAGUUCCAUGUUUCCCAAAAUGACUCUAAAAGUCUAAUACACACAGUUAUAAAGUUAA